AUGUCUUGCCUCCCCCUCCCCCCUGAAAAACGUACUUUUCAGAGCAUCGCGGCGCUGUGCCUCACUGAGGGUCCCAUCCGAGUGAUCAUCGUGGACUCCGUCAUCGCCCUCUUCCGGGUGGACUUUAGCGGACGCGGCGACUUGUCCGUGCGGCAGCAGAAGCUCGGCCGGCACCUGUCGAGCUUGCUCCAGAUGGCGUCGGACCUGAACGUGGCGGUUGUUCUGGUGAACCAGUGCAUGUCAGACCCUGGGGCGAUGGCCAUGUUCGCCACUGUCAAGCCAGUAGGGGGGCACGUCCUAGCCCACGCGAGCACGACGAGGGUGCACCUCAAGAAGGGCAGGGGUGAAGAACGGGUUGCGAAGCUGUUCGACAGCCCGAGCAUGCCGGAGGCAGAAUGCCCUUUCAAGAUUACCAACGGGGGUAUCACGGACACCGACUGA